AUGGCCACCCACCAACAACCAUCCCCGACGGCGGGACUGCCCACCCACCAUGGCCCACCCGGCCACCCGCAGCCUAACGGCCACCCGCCCUUCCCGGCCCAGGCCAAAGGCGGCAUCUCGACAGUCCUCACCCAAACGAACGAGCAGACUUGGCUCGCCCUGGGCAAUCUGUCCGAGAUGAUGAGCGACCUCGACGGCGCUCGCCAGUGCUACGACCAUGCUCUGCGCCACAACAACUGGUCCGUCCCUGCCAUGCAGGCCAUCUCGUGCAUCCUCCGGAGCAUGGAGCAAUUCCCCGCCGCCGUUGAGUACCUCAAGAAUAUCCUGAAGAUUGAUCCGAACAACGGCGAUGUCUGGGGCAGCCUUGGCCACUGCUACCUCAUGAUGGACGACCUUCAGCAGGCCUAUUCAGCCUACCAGCAGGCACUCUACCAUCUGCAGGAUCCGAAGGAGCCCAAGCUUUGGUACGGUAUCGGCAUUCUGUACGAUCGCUAUGGUUCGCUCGAGCACGCCGAAGAGGCGUUUUCGCAAGUCAUGCGUAUGGAGCCGAGCUUUGAGAAAGCGAACGAGAUCUACUUCAGGCUCGGCAUCAUCUACAAACAGCAGCAAAAAUUUUCUUCUAGCCUGGAGUGCUUCCAAUAUAUCGUCAACGAUCCUCCUCGGCCGCUGACGGAAGAGGACAUCUGGUUCCAGAUUGGUCACGUGUAUGAACAGCAGAAGGAUUAUGAAUCGGCGAAGAACGCCUACAGACGCGUGCUCGAUCGGGAUCCGAAUCAUGCCAAGGUCCUUCAGCAGCUGGGUUGGCUCCACCAUCAGCAAAGCAGUAGCUUCGAGAGCCAGGAGCGAGCGAUUGAGUACCUGGAGAAGUCUGUUGCGUCGGAUCAAAGCGAUGCCCAGAGCUGGUAUCUGUUGGGUCGUUGUUACAUGUCGCAGCAGAAGUACCCGAAGGCGUACGAAGCUUACCAGCAGGCUGUCUAUCGUGAUGGCCGGAACCCGACCUUCUGGUGCUCGAUUGGCGUCCUCUACUACCAGAUCAACCAAUACCGUGAUGCGCUCGAUGCUUACUCUCGCGCCAUUCGCCUGAACCCCAACAUCUCUGAGGUCUGGUACGACCUCGGAACUUUGUAUGAAUCUUGCAACAAUCAAACUGCCGACGCGUUGGAUGCGUACCAACGUGCAGCUGAUCUUGACCCUUCAAACGUGCACAUCAAGGCACGCCUGCAGCUGCUGCAGAACGGCCAACCGACGAAUGGUAUGCCGAAUCAGAACAGCGCGCCGUUGCCGCAGGACGUUCAUCCUCAGGCCUACCAGCCAGGAGCUAUGAGUGGUCCGCCGCAGCCUCAAUGGGGUGGCCCUCAGCCUUCUCAGCCUGCUCCUCAACAGCCUUUGCCUCCGGCCGCGCUUGGUGGUGGCAAUGACUGGAACAGGCGCCUUGCUGGCAUUCAAGACCCGCAGAUGCCAGCGCAGCAGAUCGGUCCCUACGAUCAACGCGAUCCUGCGCUCAGACCAGGGGCGUCAGCUCGCCCCGCUAGUCCGAGGCAAGAGCCCCCCAGGCAGUUCCAAGAGCCGCCUCGACUGAAUGCUGGCCCAGGACCGGCUCGCCGAGGCCUUUCUCCGUCGCCAAAGAGCCAUAACACUGCCCCCAAUCUGUACCAGGGCGGACAGGCGAAUCACCCCCCGCAGCAACAACCGCCACAGACCCAACAACCGCCGCAAAGCCAGCCGAACAGGAUCGCCAAUCCCAAUUAUGGAGCUCAUGCCUCAAAUGGACCUGCACCGCCGGCCACGCUGAAUGGUCCGCCGCCCCCAGGACCUGGACCGGUGCCUCCCUACGGUCGCCCUGCAAGCCCUCCUCCCGAAGUUCGCCCCAUUAUUCAGAGCCAGGCGGCAUCUCCGAACUCGCACUACGCUCACCAGAAUUACCAGCACCACCCUGACCCUGCAGCUCCCGGAGGCAUCGCGAGUGGUGCCCCUCCGCCAGCUUCAGCUCUUGCUGCCGCCGAGGCCGCCGCCCGUGAUCGGGAUGAGAGGACUCCAACUGCUCCAAAGCGCCUACGGGAGUGGGAGGAUGACAACAGCCCUGCUCACAAACCUCCUGCGAACGACGAAAAGCGCCAGCGCCUUGACGACGAUGAACCACCUCGCCGCCCCUCUCCGCCUGAGAGGAUGGCUUCUCAAACCUCGCAGGUACAGCGAACCCCCCCGGAUGCAGUUGAGGCACGUCGCCCCGAAGAGCAGAGACACAUCAACGAUGGAUAUCACCCUUCGGAGGCGGCGCACCAUCCGCCUUCCCUUCCUGCCAUUCACCCCCCGCCUCCACCGCAAACGCCUCAUACGGCGGAACAGCCAAAGGAAGAGCGUAAGGAGCAACACGAGCCGGCCGCUCGCAAGAUGGAGGUUGAUGAAGACUACGACGACAGUGGCGAUGACGAAAAGCGGGUACAGCAACCCCCGCGCUCCGAACGGAACAGUCCACGCAGCGCAAGCGUCACCAAUGGCGUAAAUCACACGCCUACUCCGAUGGACACGAAGCCGCCGAUGUAA